GUGUACGUGUACGUGUACGUGAACGUGUACGUGUGUGUGUGUGUGUGUGUGUGCAUGUGUGUUAGGCAGUGUCCUCCAGCGAGUGACAGAAGGUGGAAGGUCGCAACACUUAGCUUACCAACAUCCACGCCUUCGUCAGUAUCAUUCUAGCGGCGAUGUCUACAGUCCUCCCACACCGGAAACCCAUCACCCAUCACACUCCGGUGUCCUCCCCUCAAGUCCAGCGGCCUAAGAUUAAGAAGCCACCCCCGCCACCGCCGUCGCAGCCGCUAGAACCCGCCAAGCCAGCCGACAUGUCUUCUUCAGGGAGGCUGGAUGGCGGGCUGUGCUGCUCGGUAUGCAUGGAGGGCUACACGGAAGAGGAGCAUCGUCCCCUAAUGCUCCCCGCCUGUGGCCACACCUUCUGUAAACAGUGCAUGUCAACCGUGAUGGCGCGAGAAGGGGAGAGAGGUACUUUUCUCUGCCCCACCUGUCGGCGGCCCCAGCCUGUGAGAGCCGUGGUGGACCUGCCCGUCAAUUAUUCUCUCUUAGAGGUGGCGCGGAAGGAGGCUCUCUCGUCUGGCUCCUCCUCCGCCACCAGCAGCAAUGCUCACCAUAAGCAAGACGUCGCUAAGCCUGGGGAGAUGUGCCCUGAACACGGUUCCCGUUUAGCCUUCUGGUGCGUGAGCUGCGAGACAGCCGCCUGUGGGGAGUGUCUGUUUGACCGGCACCCGAGGCCAGCCCAUGACCUUAUCCGCCUCCAGGACCAGCUGCACACCUCCAGGAGCAAAGGGAAAGAGUGUCGGAUGCGGAUUCGGGCGGUGCGUCUUGUGAGUCAGUUGGUAUCAGCAGCGGAGGAGAACGUGGCGGAAGUGCGGGCGGCGUUGGUGGUGGUAGUGGAGUACCUUCGACAAAGAAAAGUUUUGGAUGAUCUGGCACGGCGGGCGAGGACAGCGCGGGAGGCAGCAAAGGCAGCACGAGAUUAUGGUGACGUCACUUCCGUCAGGGACACCAUCGAUGCCAUUCAGAGGGAUUUUGAAGAAGCGGCGAUCACAACCACUAACAGGGUGUGUGUCAGCGAUCCGCCAAGUCUCUCCCACUCCUCCUCCUCCUCCUUCUCCUCCUCCUCCUCCUCUUCCUCGCCAAGCUCACCCUCCACCUCUAUGGGAUCUUCACCGGUUGAAGACCCACAUCCGAAAUCUGUCCGCGACCUUCACCUCUCUCAGGAGAUGACUUUGGUGAGGCCCGCGCCCACCAAUGAGCCUCAGGUGCCAGACAAACACUCCCUUCUGUCCCCAGCUUCGCCACAAGCCUCCGCCACGCCCCUCACCUCCCCACCCUUGCCGCCGGCGACCCUGGCCUGGUCCUCCCCACCAAUGGACGCCCCAAACACACCGUCACCGCCGCCAGCCGUGCCGCCCACCUGGCCGCCCCUGCUGUGUGGCGUCCUCAGUGGCAACUGGACCUCCAGCAGAAUGAGCCUCGAGCCGCGGGGCCUUCACGUCUACGCCCUCAGGCCCAUGAAGGAUAAAUGUGACCUCUUCGUCAACAUGGGCGUGGUAACGGGCCUGGUGCCUCUGGACGCCCCCGAAGUGUUCCUGGACCUGCAUGACGGUAACGAGGCACUUGGCAGGGUUUAUAUCACCUUGCAGAGUCACCUCCACCGCGCUCAGCAGUUCCUCGCCUUAUGUGUGGGUGAAAAAGGUCCUUCGUACAGGAACUCCCUCUUCCACUCGGUGCUACGAAGGAGUGGCACAGGGGAGGGCCUCCUGGGCGGUGACUACGAAGGGAAGGCGGGGAAGGGCGGGGCUGCCAUCUUUGGAGGCGUACAAGGCGAGGAAGAGGUGGCGAAGAGAUGCGAGAGGGGAAUGGUGGUCCGUGGCAAUCACCGAGCGGAGAUGGCGGCCCAGUUCUGCAUUAUGGUGCGGGACGGUCCCAGGAACAAGAGUGUCUUCCCCUUCGGACGGGUGAGCAAGGGCAUUAGCGUGGUGGAGGAGGCGUGCAGGAGGCCAGCGAUGACAGUGGGCGUGGCGGAGUGUGGCUGGGUCUUGCCUGUGUAAUAUUAUGAGAAGUCGAAGGAGAGAGCAGAGAUGUUAUUACUUGUCUCGGAUAUCUCACAGGUUUUUGUAAUACUGGAAUCUUCUACAAACACCAAAACGCGUUACUAUUUCUUAGGUUAGUUUUGCAAUCAUAGCAACAUAUUUACCUAUGAAUAAAUCCUGGUCUGAGAAAGUUAUUAGGGCUAAGGUGAAAGUAUGGUGUCUGGUACGCACCAAGGAAGCUACUUAGGGGAGGAGAGGCCACGAGAUGAUGGACGAGCACAGUAUCCACGGCGCUCAUUCGGUGUUCAGGCUGAGAGAAGUGCGUGGAGUGGUGCAGUUACAAAAAUAGUAGGUCUUAGAGCAGCAGUGGCAGACAUAAGAAGACUAAAGGUUAUACAGCAGCUGAGGACUGAAUCACCACACAUAUGGAUAGAAACAUGUGAAAGGAGAGGAAAGGACACGCAUUAUCAAACAUGAAUAAGCAACAAUUUCAAGUGUUUUUUCUUGUGUACUGCAUAUAGUUGCUUAAUCAAUAUGGAGGCGUAUGUUUUGAAGGCGCGAUGAAUACAUACAGAACAAGAUGUCGAAAGAGGGAAAAAGCCUCGGCCAAACAAAACAUGCAGCUCGGCACGCACCAAGGAGUGAGAGUAGUGACUGAUGGCUGGUUGGCUGCUGAAGUAUUGCUUUAAAACUCCUCUCUUAUUACUAGAUAAGACAAUGUUUGAUCUUUCUACAAUGUAUCAUUACUCUACUAUCAUUGAUUAAAGUCAUCUUAAUAAUAACAGC